CCCAUUCGAACGUUCCUUUCCGGAUAUUUGAGGCAGCAGGCCAGGCCCACUCAUGCCCGUGCUUAAGGCGUGGCAAUGGGUGAUCUCAUUCUUACAACUGUUUAACGCACUUUUACACACACACCGCACAUGAGUAUGUGUAGAUGUGCUUGUGCCUUGGUGUGGUGAGCUUCAAGGUGUGCCGUUGUGUGUUGGGGCGUCCCCGUUCAAAGCUGUUCAGUGACAGAGAACAAUUUGGAAACUUGGAUCUUAACCAGAAAACAAGAAGAUGUGAUUGGAGCAGUGCCUCUGGACGAAGGCUGAAGCGUCUCCUCGCGGGAGAGACAGGUGGCAAUUUGAACCGUUCUCCGCGAGGUGCUAAUCAAUGCUUUCCUCGCGCCCAAGUGAACAGAAAAGGAUGAACGUGACGAACAAAGCCGCUUUGAAAACGCGACGAUAGAAUAACCACGAGAGGAGCAAGAAGAAAACCAAGCCACCCCCAUGCCAAUUUAAUGCACACAUUUCGUUAGCAUUAAUUUGAAUGUGAUUUAAUCACAGCAGGGAAUUGCAGGGCUGCACCUUUAUAUAUAUUUAAAAAAACGAUUGCAGUCACGCGUAUUCGUGCGGUGACCCCGUCGCACCGCAGGGGCGGCUCGUCGCACCUCUGAAAGAUUUUACAACGGCCCCCGUUUAAGAGCUGCGCAACGUGCCGCUCACAAUCUCCAGGGAUCCUUAGCAAUUUGCCAUCCAUUCACAUAAAAAAAAUAUAGUUGUUCCAUUCAAAAGCCCAUCGUGCUAGUAAAUGGUUAAUUGAAUCGCCGCCGGCUAGCAGUGAUUUUUUUCUCUCUCUCUCCUCGCUAUUGAAUUGGAUGGGCUUGGUGCAGUGGGGAGGCCGACGGGAAUAGGGCACUCCAGCAGUGGAGUGCUACGUUGUGGUUGGCACGUUCGCAAAGAGUUGUAGGGGGGGGGGGUUAUAGACGGCGGGAUGUGGGCGCAGUGCCCAGCGCGGUUCGAACAAUGACAGCCAAAGCAAAGACUCCUGGCACAAGGACGCAUCAAAUAAUAACGGCAGCGACAACAAAAACCGUGCGACGUUAACGAACCGUACCGGCGGCGGCGGCGGCGGCGGCGGCAACAACAACCGGGGGGGGGGAGUGGGUGACGUGAAGAGCGACGAAAGAAGAAGAAUUCGAAAAAAAAACUCCACGGGGGGGGAAGGCGGAGUUGAAUUUCGAGGCGGGGAUUUGAACGCACGAGAGAGAGAGAGAGAAAAAACGCCCCUCGUAUAAAGCCAUGAUUUCGGCAAGCGAGGUUGGGGAGGCAGCAGCUGCGAUGCCACGCGGCUCGGGGCAGGAGAGAGCGCGCGCCGCACAGCGCGAGAGGGUUCACCAGGUGCGACGCUGGAUGCAGUACGACAAGGAGGAGCAGAGCAAGGGCGCCAAGAAGAAGUCGGGCGGCUCGGCCAAGAAGGCGAAGAAGGGCGGCAAGAAGGGCAGGGACGGAGGGCAGCAGCUCGGCCUGCGCUUCACGCCAAGCGUCACCCUCCUGGAGUCGGCCGCCCGGAACGACGUCGAGGAAGUACGUUCCUUGCUGCGGAGUGGAGUCAGCCCCGACCUGUGUAACGAGGAUGGAUUAACGGCCCUGCAUCAGUGCUGCAUCGAUGACUACUCCGAGGUGGUGGCGCUGCUGCUGGUGCACCGGGCGAACGUGAACCCCCGCGACUCGGAGGGCUGGACCCCGCUGCACGCAGCCGCCGCCUGCGGGAACCUUCCCCUCGUGCAGCAGCUGCUCGGCCAUGGGGCCGAUCUGCUGGCGGUGAACGUGGAUGGAGACAUGCCCUAUGAUAUUUGCGAAGAGCCAGACACCCUGGAACACAUUGAAGGUGCCAUGGCCGCCAAAGGCAUCACGCAGGAGACCAUCGACGACACGCGCUCAGCCGUCGAGAGGCACCUCAUGGAGGACGUGCGGAGGGCGAUCGCCAACGGCGACAGCUUGGAGCACCGCGAUACGCAGGGCGCCACGCUGCUGCACGUGGCGGCGGCUCACGGCUGCUCGCGAGUGGCCGAGCUGCUGCUGGAGCAGGGAAUGAGCCCGGACGCUCGCGACGAGGAUGGCUGGGAGCCACUGCACGCCGCCGCCUACUGGGGACAGAUGCAAGUUGCUGAGGUCUUGGUUUGUCACGGCGCCAACCUGAAAGGGAAAACCAACCUCGAAGAGACGGCCCUGGAUCUGUGCGAGAACGACGAGAUGAGGAAGCAGCUGCUGGAGAUGAAGACGCGCCGAGAGAACAUUCUCCGCACGCAGGGAAAGCCGCGCGCCUCCCUGCAGCGACGCACCUCCAGUGUCAGCAGCCGAGGGAAGCUGGAGAGGAAGGCGAGUCUGGGCGAGCGGACGAGCCUCUACCGCAAGGAGCACCAGGACGAGGCCAAGCUGUGGCAGGAGCGGCAGGACAUGACGGAGGAGGGCGACCAGGAGAACCGCGACCCCAAUGUCACGAGGGACUCUCCGAACAAGAGAGACUCCCGAGCAACGGCGGAGUCUCCCGCGCGGCCCGAGACGAACGGCAAGCGCCCAUCGUCCGCCGCGCAGGACAAGCCUCGAAAGCGCGACUCCGUCUCCAGCGUGACUCCGUCCGAAAGGGACGCCACUGCCACCGCGGACGGAGAGAGACACCGCGACGUCUCCGCCGACCCCGCCGCCGCCGCCGCCGCCGCCGCCGCAGCCAAACCCUUGAGCUCGAAAGCCGCGCUGUUCAAGGAGGUAACUCGGGCGCGCACCUCAUCGCAGGAGCCGAAGAGAGAGCCGCGCGGUAAAUUGGAGAGGGCGGCCACCGCCGCGGCGAUCGCGGUGACGGCACCGGCGGACGCGCGCGCUCCUCCCGCGUCCGUGGGCACCGGCGAGGCGGGCGCCAGGGGCCAGAGGGGCGGCGCGGGGUCGAGGGGGCCCAGGGAGCCGUCGCGUGAGAGGGACGCAGGCCGAGACGCCGGGCGGGACGCCGGCAGGGACACGAACAGGGACAGCCAGACGCUGAGCGAACUGAAGCGCGAGCGCGUCAAGGACCGUCUCAAGCACCAGCUCGCCGUGGACAUUCCCACCGACGAGGAGGACGAGGAGACGGAAGGAAGGAAGAAGAGGCCCACCGGCAAGGAGAGGGAGCGCGAGCGUGACGGGCCGAGGCAGCGCACCGUCAACGGGCAGUCGAGGGAAGCGUCGGCCGUCUCUUACGACGGGAGCAACAGUGCCAAGAAGCCACAAGUGAAGCGGACAAAUAGCACGUUUGCGGGAAAGUCAAACAGCUGCUGCGUGGUGAUGUAGCGACCGCGGCUCACGGCGCGACGGCGUUUCUGCACCGGGAGCAAGCGGGGAGGGCGACUGGACCUCUCCGUUUGGCGUUUUGCACUCGCGGCUGGCGGUUUUUUUGUUGUUGUUGCAACGGUCGGAACGAGAGCGUGUGCGCGCGAAGGAAGGUGCAAGCGAGGGGAAAAAAAUAAAACAAAACGUUCACCGGGGGUCGCGGUGCCGAGUGCUUAGCGCCGGCGGGGCGCGAAAUCUCCCGCCCCCCUCCCCCGGGUGGAAUCUUCAGGAGGUGGUGCGUGUCAGAUUCCGGCCAAAUUGACGAGAGCUCCGCCGUCGUUAAAAUUGUGCCGAUUUUUUUUGCCGAGACGAAAUGGGACAGCUCCCCAACCCCCCCUCCCCCCCCCUCCCCCCCCCGUUUGGUUCGUCAAAAAACGAAUUACAAAAGAAACAACCAAUAUUAUUCCUUGCAUCCCCAGGGGUAGAGAUUUGGAAAAUUGGCAAUCGAUGAGGAUUUGUGUUGUCUCUACACUGCCGUUUUUGCUCGUGAAUUAUAAUUGUAUUUUAACAAGCACGUAUUCAUUUUUUAUAAAAACAAUCAGGACCAAAGCCUAUUAAAUGUAAUAUAUACACACGACAAAGCUCUAAUUUGUUGAUAUUGAUUUUUGUCAUUUAUUUUUUAGUUGUCAAGUCCGCUUGUAUCAAAUGCUGUAGGUGGCUGAACAGUGUUUGGCAUUUCGAUUUAAAGCUUUCGUGACUGCAGGGAUUCAUAUUCUUGGUUCUUUCAGUAAAGUCACGUAGAAGGGAAAUAAUUAAAUGUUAUUUCACGUAGAAGGGAAAUAAUAAAAUAUGAUUUCCCUUCUACGUGACUUUACCGAAAGAACCAAGAAUAUAGUGUUUGGCAUGUAUCCCCUCUUUAGAAAUCCAAGAUAGAAUCGGAGAAAUCCCGCCGUAUCGAAGGACCGUGAGAUAUCCGGUCCUUUCUUUUUCGGUCGCAAGAAAAAGGCCUCCCUCGUUCGGCUGACAUCGUCGACCGAGUCUGCCUUCUUUACCGGUCGUUGAGUCUUUUUAGUUGGAUUCUGUUUCGCAAUCAUUCUCAAUUGAAACCCCUUUAUGAUUGUGUGAAAUUGGCCGUUUUUUGAUAUUAUUUUCCUGCCAAGACUGAGAGAGGCAUUGAAUGAACGAGUGAAGUGGGGGGAGGGGGGGGGGGUCAUGUCAUAGAUCUGUUUGUCUUAAGGCUUAAAACUUUUUCGAAAUGGGACCAAUUUUCGGGUCGCUUCGAUCGCGCAAGUUUUAUUUUUUUGGGGUUUAUAAUCGACGAUGCUGCCGCGGCCGCACGUGCGUUUUUUUACCCCCCCCCCCCCCAAAACCUGUUUCCAAAUUUAAUUACCUCAUCUGCCAUAGUAGAUUAGAUUAAGAUAAAAAAAAAAUUAUCAAAAAAAAUCCAUUGGCUAUAGGAGCUCGCCAUUGUGCACGCCACCCCUUUCAUACAAACUUAUAAAGCACGGCACCAAAUAGUAACGCAAGUGAGCAAGCAGCCCAUAAAUAAUUAAACCAGCAUAAACUUCUUUGUGCUGUCAAGCCAAUUUGUUUGAAUAAAACAUUUCACGCGUGAAAGGUGAAUGUACCGCUACCGGGAAGGCCUCCCAACAGAAUGGGUUUCUAGUGAGCCUCUCCAGAGGGCAUUUGGCCUACUCUUCCACACCGGCCAAACGCCUUGGGGAGAGGAUGAGGGCUCCUACACUUCACGUCACCUCGCGCGAUCCCCCGGUCGACUGCGGUGCAACCGGUGACCUCUGGACUGCACGUCUAGUGCGCUGGACCACAACAGGGCGGCAGUAUCCUAAAGAAAACGUAUUUGAGAUGUACGUUAUAACUCUUGUUACACUUCGGAUGACACCGUGUGUAAUGUAAACGUGUAAAUUGCGUUUUAUUUUGGAUCGGUUGGAAUAGCGGUUGUCUCCCGCGCGCUGUUUUUCCUCGCUUGCCGCAAUGGCCCGAAACCCAUCUCCUGGGAUGGUGUUGUUUUUGUUCAGUCACAAAGUGGCUCCGUGUUCCCUUGGCUUUACAAAUGUGCCACAGCGGUUUUGUACGCGAAUAAUUUUUUUUGUUUUACUCGCCUCGAAUAGAGAGAGAGAAAGAAAAAAUGUAGAAGGACAAGCGGGGGCGAGUUGCUUCCAAAGAACUUCAUAAUUGUUUGAUUGCACAAUUGCGUACACCUUAACGUAAUUGCACGCCAUGUGCUCACACCAAAUGUACAGAAUCUAUAUUAUGAAUGAUUGUCCGUUUAUUAUAUAUCUGUGAAACCAACAUUCCUCUAUAACCAUCUGUAUUAUCAGGUGUCUUGAUCUAUCCACAGCUGGAUGAAAGCCUCUUUAACCCUUCUCCAUCCCUCCCACAUGUUUUGAUUGCCUCACCGGGAAUUCAAACGGGCAACCUUCGUCACGCUACGGCGACAUCCGUGAGAAUUUUUUCUCGGGUAUAUUUUUUUUUAAACGAAAAAGAUGUCUCACCGAGCACAAAUCACAGCAUUUAAAUCCAUCCAUCGGCCUAAUGUGCCUUUUGCGUUAAAUGUUUCUGGCAGCAUUUGGUGCAAAAGAAAUUCGACAUACAUACGUAUGUACACACUUUGCAUAGCGUUCAAAUGCAAUUGAGGUUCGCAAGAUGCUUCACGAAAUGACUAAGGGUAGAAAUGGGUUUGCCGUUGAUCAAGUUUGAACAACCCCCGGGAGAGAGGAGAGAGAAGCAACUCCCAAGGCACACAGCAUGGGACCCAAGUGACAUCAACGAGCCACAGCGACAGCUGGGGCAAUGCCAACCAUUCCUCCGUAGUCCAUGGGGCCCGAGCAGUAAUUGGUGCUGUUUUUAUUUUACCAGGUAA